GAGGAACAGGCAGGUCUAGCGCCCCCCUGAGCAGACGGCCAUAAGCCUUCAUCCAAUCCGAGGGGACAGGACCGCGGCUCCGUCAGUUUCUUUCCCUGCUCUUGAGCGCCCGGCGAUGCGGUGCUGAGCAGGUGUGAGCAUCGUGAAGGACACUGUGGACGGACGCUACUGGCCGCUACGGAAGGAAAGCCCGGCGGUCCUGCUAAUGUUCCAUCAGCUGAGCUUCUAGCUGAAACCCCAGCAGGUGGUUCUCACUUCAACAUCAUGCUGCACCUCACCCUGCUCCUCCAUCUCCUGGUCUUCUCACUCUCCCCAGCAGGAGCAUCAGUAAAUGGGGAGGUACCUCACUUUUACGGAGCAGAGGAAGCCACAGGUUACGGGCCAGUGUUUGAGGAGCAGCCGGUGGAUACUAUCUACCCCGAGGAGUCACCCGAGGCCAAAAUUACCAUGAACUGCCGGGCUAGAGCCAAUCCACCUGCCACCUACAAGUGGAUGCUGAAUGACAUAGAAAUUGACCUGAAUCAAGAGAACAGUCACUACAGUUUAGUAGGUGGCAACUUGGCCAUCAGCAACCCCAGUAAAAACAAUCAUGUAGGAAAAUACUCCUGUCUGGCCACCAACACGUACGGCACGAUCGUCAGCCGAGAGGCCUCUGUCCAGUUCGGAUACCUUGAUCUGUUCUCAUCGGAGGAGAGGUCGUCGGUGUACGUCAAAGAAGGACAGGGUGUCGUGCUGCUCUGCGCUCCUCCCCCACAUUAUCCAGCCGAGCUGUCAUUCCGAUGGAUCCUCAACGAAUUCCCCACCUUCAUCCCACUGGACAAGCGGCGUUUUAUCUCCCAGUCGACGGGCAACCUCUACAUCUCCAAGGUGGACUCUUCCGACAAAGGCAACUACUCCUGCAUUGCAUCCAGCCCAUCGAUUUCCAAGAGUGUUUUUUCCAACUACAUCCCCCUCGAGCCACUGGCUGCUGAACGUACCAACAGGAAAUACCCUGCUGACCUCAAAGUCAAGUUCCCCGACACCACUGCUUUGGUCGGACAGAAUAUCACCUUGGAAUGUUUCGCUUUGGGAAACCCCGUCCCUGAGAUUCGCUGGAAGAAGGUAGAUGGGCAGCUGCCACCCAAUCACGAGGUGCGGAUGGCAGGCGCUCAACUGCAUCUGUACAAUGUGCAGUUUGAAGACGGCGGUGCCUAUAAGUGUGAGGCAAUAAACUCGAAAGGAAAGGACCACCACAGUGCACAUGUGUCUGUGGAAGCUUUUCCUGAAUGGGUGGAGCACAUCAGCAGCAUCGAGAAAGACCUCAAUAGCGACUACACCAUGUCCUGCACAGCCAGUGGCAAACCUAAACCCCACAUCCGCUGGCUGAAAAAUGGAAAACCGGUUGACAGGAAAGAGAUGAGGUUCAGCGGAUUGACGUUUGAUGAUUCGGGGAUGUAUCAGUGCAUAGCAGAAAAUCACCACGGACUCAUUUAUGCCAAUGCAGAGCUGCGUGUAUACGCCUGUGCUCCCACGUUUGAACACAACCCGGUGAAGAGAGUGCUGGCAGCUAGAAAUGGCCGUGUGGUGAUUGAAUGUCGACCCAAAGCGGCCCCAAAGCCCGCCUUCUCCUGGAGCAAAGACACUGAGCUGCUCUCCAACUCCACCAGGGUGUUCAUCUGGGAGGAUGGAAGCCUGGAGAUCCUCAAUGUGACGCGAGCAGAUGAAGGCAGGUACACCUGCUUCGCGGAGAACGACCGGGGCAAAGCCAAUAGCACGGGGUCCCUGUUGGUGACAGACUCCACAAAGAUCACCUUGCCACCAUCCAAUGCUGACGUUAAAGUGGGAGAGAACGCCUGGAUGGAGUGUGCAGCAUCACAUGACUCCUCUCUGGACAUCACCUUCAUCUGGUCCCUGGACAGCCGAGUCAUUGACCUACACAAGGAGAGCCAACACUAUGAACGAAACCCUAAUGGAAGCUCAAAUGGCGCGCUGCUGAUUAAGAAUGCUCAGCUGAAGCAUGCUGGGCUCUACACCUGCACAGCACAGACUCCGGUUGACAACAUUACUGCUUCUGCCCACUUGGUUGUCAGGGGUCCCCCUGGUGCUCCAGGUGGCGUGCGGAUGAUAAACAAAACUGACAAGAGUGUAACUUUGCAGUGGAGCCGUGGAGCAGACAACCACAGCCCUAUCUCCAAAUACACCAUCCAGUACAGGGACCAGUUCUCAAAAGAUGUCUGGAAGAAUGCCACUACAUCUCCUGCUGAUGUUGAGGGAAAUACAGAGACAGCCACGGUGGUGGAUUUGUUCCCCUGGACAGAAUAUGAGUUCAGGGUCAUUGCUACCAACACUCUGGGGACAGGAGAUCCGAGCAGCCCAUCACCUAAAGACAAAACCCUGGACUCAGUUCCUGUGGUGGCGCCCUCGGGUGUCGGCGGGGGUGGAGGGACGAGCAGAGAACUGACCAUCACGUGGACGCCUGUGGAGCCUCAGUACUACUAUGGGCCUAAUUUUGGCUACAUCGUGGCCUUCAAACCCCGAGAAGAAAACCAGUGGAAAAGGGUGGCGGUAGCCGAUCCACAGGCCAAGCGCUAUGUCCACAAAGACUCCAACAUACCGCCUUUGACGGAGUUUCAAGUCAAAGUUAAAGCAUUCAACGGCAAAGGAGAAGGACCCUACAGCCUAACAGCAGUCAUUUAUUCUGCACAGGAUGCUCCAUCUGAAGCUCCUCUGAUCGUUGACUGCAGAGCUCUCUCUGCCACAGUAGCCACCGUGUCGUGGAUACCGCUCACACAAAGUAAUAUAGAUGGAUAUCAGGUGAAGUACUGGAGAAAUCACGAAGACAGUGAAGGAGGGGCGCAGAGGGUUGUGGUGUCCAGCAGAGAGAACCACACUAAACUGGAGGGUUUGAAGCCGGACUCGCCCUACUUUAUUGAAAUUCGAGGCUUCAACUCUGCAGGAUUUGGGAUGGCCAGCAAACACUGCCAGAUCCACACCAAGAAACCCCCUCCAAGUCGAGCGCCCAGAAUAAUAAGUAAAAAGUUGAAGGGCCAGUCAGUAAAUAUUGCUUGGGAACAUGUGGAACCGAUGGCUAAUGAGUCAUCGAUAGAUGGGUACCGGGUGCUGUACCGGCAGCAGGGCCACUCCACAGGCACUCUGUACACAACCAGCAGGCGGUACAUAGACCUUCCUCUGCCUGCAGACGGGAACUAUGUGGUGGAGGUGCGGGCACACACAGAGGGAGGAGAUGGGGCUAUGGCACAAAUUCACCUCACGGGUGGAGGUGUCGUGAUCGCCCAGUCUCUCAGUGUGCUCUCCCUGCUCCUGGCGGCUCUCCUCUGCCUGAACCUCUGAAUGUAGCGCCAUCUUCGUCUUCACUUCCCGUGAAUGAGACUCCUAUGGUUGCUUAUGGUUGACGCCUAUAAGGACUUUGGGACUCUUUCCACAAUCUUUUGGUUCCGCCCUGUAACCCGGGAUGUCAUGUUCCAGCUCUUCCCCUCUGGAACACUUUUGUGGAAAUAGACACGGAAAUGGAAAAAUUGGAAAUGGACAAUGACAUUCCUUAUUUAUCCACAAAAAGCCUCUUUGGAGGAGUGUCAAAGGAGUUCUGUCAACUUUUUAAAUAUGCCUUAUAUAAAUGACUGCACUUCUCUUUCACAGUAGCUCGUUUUAAAAUGGGACAUGACUGAAAGUGUAAACCCUACACUUUGCACCGCUUCGCUGUUUAGUCUUUUUACAUCACAGAGCCGAACUUUCUGAAACAAAGAUGCUGUAUGUUCAGAAACGUCGGCUUCAUUUGAUCUGUGAUGUUUUUGGAAAAUCAAUCCUACAGUGCAUUCCAUAGUGUAAGGUAAACAAGUAGCUGUGAAAGAAAAGUGUAAGAGUUUAUAAAAAAAAAUUUCAUGUCUUUCUUUACUUGCAGUUCAGUGGCAUUUUUUUAAAAAAAAAGUUAAGCACACCCUCUGUUACGGAGAUACAGUCAAAGCAAAUCUGAAACUCUUGCAUACUUUAUUUUAUAACAAGCACAGAGAAAAUAGCAAUUUAUGUCAUGCUGAAAUAAUAUAUUCAAUAACUGAUAUUGUUUUACUAUCUAAUAUACUGUCGAUGUUAUGUGAAGAAAAGAAGAUUGGGUUAACCUGCAAUCAGUGCUUAUUUCCAAACCAUAACAUGAGCUCUAUUAAUACCACUUUCAAAUAGUGUGCAUGUUGACGUUGUUACAUGGACGAAAUGGUAUAAAGUGUUUGGGAGUUUCACAAGCAACAUGUCAAAUGUGCCGUUUCAAAUGCAAACCUGCAGCAAGCAACGUUUAACGAUGUGGUUGUUUCGACUGCUUGCGACCUCCGGUUACGUUUGUACAACUGUGCAGCGAUCAACGCUUUGCCACAGCAUUUAGGCCGAUGUUUGAACUGAGACUGACAACUUCAGUGUGUUAGAAACCUAAACCUAAUCCACUUUGUUUUGACUGUAUCAUUUAGGACCUCAGUGGUACCAGCCGGUGCUUUGUAAAGAAUGUUGGCAUUUUUAUUUAAUGUAAACUAUUUCAUUUCAUAUCUCUCGUUUAUGGCUUUGUGUGAGAGUCACUAUUAACAGUUACAGGGAACGAUAGCGACACUCAUGCCCUCCAAUAAUUGUGCAAUGUCUGACUCAUCUGUGGCUACUUCAUAUUUUCUAAUAAGAAAAUUUGCCUAGAUCCUAUAACAGUAAUCCAGUAUAUUUCAUUUUUUCAUUAUCUUUUCAUUAUCUAAUAUGAACAAAAGGUAAGCAAAGCCAUCCAUGUCAGCGGUAAGAACCCAUCCAAAGCUCAUGAUGUUAUUUCAAAUGCAUCAUUUUUGUCUUUUUUAACAUGAUCAGAGAUAUAUAAACAUUAUCAACUGCUGUCAUUAUUGUUUUUGAUUAUUAUAUUUCUAUGUCUUUACCCACCUCUGGUUGGUCAAUUCAUGUUUAUUUCCCUCAAAUGGAGGAAUGAAUGCUGCGUUUUGAGUUCCUCUGAUUCAUUUCUUGUGUGACUGAUGCUGAUCGUGCUUCUACAUUGUAAAAAAAAAUAUCGGUGUCCACCACAAAGUGCUUUUCCCGGGUUUUCUUCAUGCCACAAAUCAUAAAAAAAAGAGUUGCCAAAUGCAUGAAUGCCUUGAACUUUGACAUUUCGGACGAAGCAGUGGCUCUACAUUAUAACAUGCAUGAGACUGGAGACAAAGUGGUACGUUACUUUGCAGCAAAUCGACAUCAUAGCAACCUCUCAGCUUCAUAUGAAAUACAUUCCAUUCCUGAGUGACAUCCCUUUACGUCAGAGACAGAAUAGAUCGUAGCCUAAUAUGUGCAUUAGCUGCUAAGCUUCAUUACCAGUCAUCCCAUGUGAAGCCAUUGGGAGAGGAUUUCGUUAGAGAGGAAAUCUUAAACUGACUAAAGGAAUCUCACUCAUUCAAGUUCAAAAACGUUCUCGCAGACUCGGUGGUUGGGAUUUGAUGGCAUCGCUGGUGGCAGUGGCGGCAUGUUUGGCUGUCUGCUGGAGUUUGGUGCUUCGCUGGACAUGAAUGGUAUAUGUGAGGGAUGGAAGUGAAACCUCUCAUUGGCUGGACAAGGAACAAUAAAAGUGUAGUUAACUAUUA